AUGUAUAUCCCAAUAUUCUUCGCACUCCUAACGUCAUCACUGUUCUGCCAGCUGGUUGCAUCCCAAACCCAUGAAACCACCGAGCUACGCUUAAUGCACCGUGUUGUGCACCCUGACCUUCCCGUGAUACCAUGGGCUGAGCUCGGAACUGUCUCUAUCCCAUCCUUCAAAUCCAUUUCCACCCACUGGCUCACCUGCUCAUUGUCACUAGCAGAGUCAUUAAAAGAUGACCUCGCAGAGUUCUCAAAAGCAGUCAACCCUAAUAUGCAGGGUGCAAUGUACCACAUCGCAAUCGAGCGUCCAGAAUUGGAGGGGUCCGUGUCGAGUAUCAAAGCAUGUCUACUCCCUUCCUCCACAUCCGCAAAUAUAGUUAUCCAUUUCUCUGCGACGGGAGAACCAUUUGCGAUCGACUAUUCCGUUUCGCCUGUACCUCAAGAUGGAAUAUGCCCUGUGACAAACACGGGGAGCUACCCAGCACAUAAUGCGAGUGUGGUGCUCAAGUCACCACGGAUGGCGCCUCUACCUGAGUUGCGGAUCCCACCUCCGCUCACGCCUGAAGGCGAGCCAGUAGCGCCUGUUCCUGAGAAAAGUUUCGUGCAGAAGUAUUGGAUAUAUAUGGUUGUUGUUCUAGGGGCAUUGCUGAUUUCUGGGCCUGCCGAGGACUCUCCUAGCGGGGAUGGGAAAGGAGGGAAGUAGAAUCACAUAAAUUAUCAUGCU